CAGAGCAGCGAGCGAAGGCGUCGGCCAUUUUGUGGAUGUUUCCUGUGGGACGCGGUGGUGGCGGUUGGGUCGGAAGAGUGAGCUGUUCUUCACGUCGUUCUUUCCUGUUUGUUUUCUCCUCUUUUGUCGAUAGAGCGCAGUUAUGGGUCGCAAGAAGAAGAAGCAGUUGAAGCCGUGGUGCUGGUAUUGUAAUAGAGAUUUUGAUGAUGAGAAGAUCCUUAUACAGCACCAAAAAGCAAAGCAUUUUAAAUGCCAUAUAUGUCAUAAGAAAUUGUAUACAGGACCUGGCUUAGCUAUUCAUUGCAUGCAGGUGCAUAAAGAGACAAUAGAUGCAGUACCAAAUGCAAUACCUGGGAGAACAGACAUAGAGUUGGAAAUAUAUGGUAUGGAAGGUAUUCCAGAAAAAGAUAUGGAUGAAAGAAGACGACUUCUUGAACAAAAAACACAAGCAGAGAGUCAAAAAAAGAAGCAGCAAGAUGAUUCUGAUGAGUAUGAUGAUGAUGACUCUGCGGCUUCGACUUCAUUUCAGCCACAGCCUGUUCAGCCUCAGCAAGGUUAUAUCCCCCCAAUGGCACAACCAGGACUACCACCGGUUCCAGGAGCACCAGGAAUGCCUCCAGGCAUACCUCCAUUAAUGCCAGGUGUUCCUCCUCUCAUGCCAGGAAUGCCACCAGUUAUGCCAGGAAUGCCACCUGGAUUGCAUCAUCAGAGAAAAUACACCCAGUCAUUUUGCGGUGAAAACAUAAUGAUGCCAAUGGGUGGAAUGAUGCCACCUGGACCGGGAAUACCACCUCUGAUGCCUGGUAUGCCACCAGGUAUGAAAUGUAUGCCCCCUCCUGUUCCACGGCCUGGAAUUCCUCCAAUGACUCAAGCACAGGCUGUUUCAGCUCCAGGUAUUCUUAACAGACCACCUGCACCAACAGCAACAGUUCCAGCUCCGCAGCCUCCAGUUACUAAGCCUCUUUUCCCCAGUGCGGGACAGAUGGGGACACCUGUAACAAGCUCAAGUACAGCUUCAUCCAAUUCAGAAAGUCUGUCUGCAUCUUCUAAAGCUCUGUUUCCUAGCACAGCACAAGCUCAGGCAGCUGUCCAGGGACCUGUUGGUACAGAUUUCAAGCCCUUAAAUAGUACCCCUGCAACAACUACAGAACCACCAAAGCCUACAUUCCCUGCAUAUACACAGUCUACAGCUUCAACCACUAGUACAACAAAUAGCACUGCAGCUAAACCAGCAGCUUCCAUAACAAGUAAGCCUGCUACACUUACCACAACCAGUGCAACCAGUAAGUUGAUCCAUCCAGAUGAGGAUAUAUCACUGGAAGAGAGAAGAGCACAGUUACCUAAAUAUCAACGUAAUCUUCCUCGACCAGGACAGGCUCCCAUUGGUAAUCCACCUGUUGGACCAAUUGGAGGUAUGAUGCCACCGCAGCCAGGCAUCCCACAGCAACAAGGAAUGAGACCCCCAAUGCCACCUCAUGGUCAGUAUGGUGGUCAUCAUCAAGGCAUGCCAGGUUACCUUCCUGGUGCUAUGCCACCAUAUGGGCAGGGACCGCCAAUGGUGCCCCCUUACCAAGGUGGGCCUCCUCGACCUCCGAUGGGAAUGAGACCUCCUGUAAUGUCUCAAGGUGGCCGUUACUGAUCUUACUUCAUCCAGUCUAAUAGGUUUGGAGAUUAAACCUUUUCUCAACUUGUGCUGUUUAAAUAGCCAAGCUUCCGUCAAUAAGGCGUCAUUGUGACUUUAACAAAAACAUUAUCUUCCCACAUACCAGGAACUAUUGGACAUUUAUUUUACAUGGGAAAAUUUAUUUGGAAUAAUAAAGCAGGAACUUUUCCUGAAGUUGCAAUUUAUACUGUAUGGCUUCUUUUUCAUGUUUCAUCUAGGUUUUUAGAAGUGAAGUAUAGUAAAUUUGGUUCGUUAUAUUGUGAAGGCGCUGGAAUUACAUGAACAUACCACCUUAAUAAAGGCAAGUUCUGUAAGCUUACAUUGCUAUUUGUAAAGUUAUGCCUUCACAGCAUUUCAGAUGCUGUUGGACUUCAUGUCCCCAACCUAGCUUGGUGAGGGCUGUAACUGUCUCCAAGUACCUGUACAUUGGAAGUCUGAAUGUGUAACAAUAUUUAAUGUAUUUAGAGUUCCUCAUGUUGCAGGGUUUAAGAAAUCUGACCCUCCAAGGUCAUGUGACUUUUCUGUACUGUUAAACUUCAUUGUAAUAAAAUGAGAGAAAAAUUUAUGCCUUUUUAUUCAUAACCCAGCUGUGGACCACUGCCUGAAAGGUUUGUACAAAUGCAUGCCAGAGUAGAUGUCCACAUAAUAAAAUUCGUAGUUACCAAUGCAA